ACGUCCGUUUUUGGGUGUAGGAUCAUCUGUUGACCCGGGGUCAACCUCGCAUAGCAACAGGUUGCUACAACAACAAUGGCGGGAGGGGAGCAAGAAGCGCUACAGACAAUAGAGGCUCAACUUGAAGAGAGAGGGAUCAGGAAAGAUAUUGACGUCACACUACUCUACUUGUCCGAUAGAAAUCUAAAGGAAGUCUGUGACCUAGGAAGAUUCAAGAUCCUGAGGUAUCUAUGGCUCAAUGGAAACAAGCUGCGGAGAAUCGACUGUAUCCUGAACAACUUCCGCCUGUCCGAGUUGUACCUGGAGAACAAUGAGCUGAUUGACAUCAGUGGGGCUCUGGGCCAUCUCACCUGUCUACAGGUGUUAAUGUUACAUAAUAACCAGCUGACUAAACUAGAGGAGGUGGUGAGAGAACUCAGACCCAUGCAGGCCCUCAGAGUACUCAAUCUGUUCAACAACCCCCUGGCACAAGAGAAUGAGUACAGAUCUUAUGUUAUUCACAACCUGCCUUCUGUGGAACUGCUAGACAGACAAGAGGUUCUCCAGUCGGAGCGUGAUCGCGCCUGGCGUAUGUACGAACAGGAGCAGUACUUGUUACGGGAGACAAUCGCCUUUGGGCGCAGGGCUGAGGGACUUCCCCCGAGGACAAGGUCACAGGACAGGCACACACGACCUUCAACAAUACCUGAAAAGGACGUAGUUGCCAACAACUUCGACAUGCCCCCUCACGAGAACCCAAACCACGCGGUAGCGCUACGCAGCGUGAGCCGCGCCGUCAUGCAGUACUCCAUGUUUGACUGGUCCAAAGUGCCAAAAUCUGAACAGAGAAGAUUAGCGGAGGGUUCGCCUGAACUGCCACAGAUUAUGACUAUCAGAUUCAAAUAGAACUCUGGAAAUAUGACAUUGUUACUUAUAAUCUAUGAAUAUUAUUUCAUAUGGUGGUAAAUGCCUGGAAAACAAGGUUCUUUCUCAACAACUGCAGCCUUAGUAAGAAAUUACUGAUAACUAUUCAGUUUCCUAAUAUCAUUGCUGCUGGACAAUAUCUAUCUGUAUUAUGUCACAUUGCUUUAUGUUUGGGGCUGCAUUGUUAGCAGCGCCACCUAUGCUGCAGUGCAAAAAUAGAACCAGUAAACUUGGCUGUUGCUGUAUAUUACUGUAUAUCUAGUUGGUUGUGACUAAGGAUCCUUGUAUAUUGUUGCUUAUAAUGUUUGAAAUCAGCAUUACAAGUACAUGUAUGUACAUUUAGAGUUUACAGUCAGAAAGAAAUGCAGUGAAAUAGAGCAAUGUAUAAUCAUAAAAAUGUUACGUACAUGAAGCCACAACCAUAAUAUUUUGAUACUUAUUGACUCGAGUGCUGCUAUGCUGUGUUGAAGAAUAUUUUCUGGUGCAGUUUUAAAUGUAACAUAAACUCAAAUCAUGAAUAUGGACAUUAAGUCAAUGAGAUUGUCAGCAUGUUACCAAUCUAAAAUGUUAAUCAAAGUUUACCUAAACAUCCUAUAGAAUUGCAAGUUUUUUUUUUCCUUUGCCUACUGAAAAUUUAGAAGUUCAAGUUUGAGAUUAUAAACAUUCUUUUUAUGUAAUAUCAUGUUAUCAAUACAAUGUUAUAAGAGGUGAAAACUAUGGUGCAAUGUUGCCUUAUUCUAUGUAAGAAUCACACCAUUUGUACACCAAUUAUGAACAUUUAAUCUCUAUGGCAUCAACAUGCUUGGUUUGUGAGCAGUAUAAUAAUAUGGUUUGUCAAAAUAUGUUGAACUUCUCCUAUACUGUAUACAUUUUUGUAUGAG